AUGGCAGGCAAGCGGCCCCCCUCAACAACCAGCCCAUCCAGAGCCCCGAAACGAGCCACCCCAGACAAACCCGCCAACGACCCCAACGACAAACUCCCCACCAGCUCUCUCCCCGUCAGUCCGAUCUGCCUCCUCCCCCACCAAGCCCACAUAACCCUGAACGAAUUCCUCACCUGGCGCACCUCCCCCCUACCACCAGCAAUCCCCGCCUUCGACGACAUCUCCCCCCAACGCAUCCGCGUCGGCCUAAGUCGCGACCUGCCCCCGCACCGACUCGACGUCCACUACCUGACCAGCCAAGCCUACGAGCCCGUCUACCUGGCGCCCAACACCCGGUCUAGCACCUACACCCUCCUCCAGUCCGGCGGCGAGGCCCUGCCCACAGACGACGUCGUCCUUUACCCGCCCUUCACCGACCCCCGGACCUGCCUCUUCGUCGCCCGCAACUCCCUGCGCAACUACCGGACCAAACUCACCGCCGCGGCGGACGCCUACCACGCGCGGCUGCGGGCCUGGCGCGCCCAGCGCCGACAGUGGGAGGCGGCGCUGCUGGUCGCGCUGGGGCGGCGCACGCCCGAGGAGACAGCCGCGCUGAUCCGCAGCGAGGCGGCCAAGGAUCGGUACCGUCCGUGGUUCGUGGGGAUGGUGGCCCCCGCGGACGGCGGGUACGAGUUCACGAGCCCGGUUGCGCUGUGCGAUGGGCCGGUGGUGGCGUCGGCGGUGCGCGCCCGGCUCGAUCAUGUCGCGCGCACGAUCAGUGCGUUGACGGACCGCUUGCGCCUCCUUGCGGAGGCCGGGCGGUACUUUGUCGUCGAUGAGUUCGCGGAGGAGUACGAGCUGCGUCCCGAGAAUGCGGCGCUUGAUCACGCGGCGUUCGCGGACUGGGCCGUGGAGCGGUCGAUGCAUUGGCUGUGGGCCGUGCGAGAGGGCAUGGUUCCUGAGAUGGAGGGGUUGGUCAGGGAUUUGGGCGCUGAGAGGGAGGAGGAGGAGAAGGAUUUUGAUGAUGAACCGUGGCGUCCCGGGAGGGCUGGGUUGUUUAUAGAAACGGGCCAGGAGCAGCCGUGGGGUGAACCGGCGUAUUGCUUCCAGGUGGAGGUCCAGCGCGCCGGGCGACCGAUCAAUGCUUUGUUCGACGAGGAGAUGCGGGACUUGCUUUACUGCGUGGAGGAGUGGUAUUUCACGGCGUUGGAUGAGAGGGAGCGGGCGAUUGUGCAGGGGAUGGAGUUGCGCUUCUGGCCGAUGCCGGCGGAGCUCUAUCGCAAUGUGGGCGAGGCUUUGGGGUUUGAGGAUCCGUUUGGGGAUUGA